AUGACGACUCGCAAUCUACUCUCCGGUCCCGUCACUCUAUCUGCCGCAACAGCGAAAAGCAGAAAUGUUCUUCAUGCUCUGGAAUACCCGCAGCAGAAAGAAGAUUUCUACAAGCGCAUGGAGACCUAUCGUCCUCUUUUGGCGGAUCUUGUAGCACAUCACCUUGGCACCAAACCAACGGACGUUACUAUUUCUUCGCAAGAUUACUGGCGCCAUGGCUCUUUUAAUCUUUGCAUACCUGUCCAUGUCAAGCCGUCUACGAAGUCGACACCCCCACAGUUGGUGUUGCUCCGCUUUCCGUUGCCUUAUCGCGUUGGAGAAGCAGUGCAGCCCGGCAACUCGGAUGAGAAGGUCAAUUGUGAAGCUGCAACAUAUGCCUGGCUCCAAGAGAACUGCCCUUCAGUUCCUAUACCGCAACUUUACGGCUUCGGGCUGUCUACUAACCAAAGAUUCACGAAUCUUGACUUCCUUCCGUGGUGGUCGCGCUGGUUCCAGCAAGCUCGCCGCUAUUUUCUAGCUACUUUUGGCUUCCAACGGCCUUCACGAUAUGUGUGCCAUCCCUCUAGCCGCUUUGCCGACCUUGAUAUUGGUUACCUGCUCAUUCAAACUAUUACUUCCGGAGAGAUGCUUUCGGAAUCCUGGGAUAAAAAGCGUGACGAUGUCCGUCUCCAAGACAAUCUACAGCGAAGUCUCGCUAGGAUAAUGCUGUCGCUUGCAAGCGUUCCGCUGGCGCGUAUUGGAGCAUUCCGACUGGACAACAAUGGGUAUUUGCGACUGGAUAAUCGUCCGCUGAAUGUUAUGUUUACUAUGCAUGAGAACGAAGGCAUUCCCCUUAAUAUUUCUAGAAACACAACCUUCUCUAGCGUUAAUGACUUUGUCCUUGAGCAUUUAGCGGCUUUUGACAACCGGCUACUCUACCAGCAAAACGCCAUAACUAGCCGUGACGAUGCGUUAUACCAGAUGACCAGUCUAGCUGCCGCAAGAGCUAUAUUCCCGCAAAUGUUCCGGAGAGAGUUUUGUAACGGCCCUUUCGUGUUUACUUUGACCGAUUUACAUCGAAGUAACAUCUUUGUUGAUGAGGACUGGAAUGUUACUUGCAUCAUUGACCUAGAAUUUGCCUGCUCGUCGCCUAUCGAAUUUCUACAACCGCCAUACUGGCUCGAUUCUACGAUCGUAUAUUACCCAACUACUACUCUUACUCUCUAG